AUCCUUGCUGUCCCAGAACCUGAGCGAGGCCAGAGGCGCAGGAGGACCAAGUCUGACAAAUAUCAAUACAUGAUUCUUAUAGAGGCCUUCCAAACAGACCCCUAUCCUGGAAUUACUGUCAGAGAAGAACUGGCCAGAAAAACACAGAUUCCCGAGCCACAAAUCCAGGUUUGGUUUCAGAACCGGAGAGCUCGUAUACCGAAGAGAAGCCAGAGGAGGCCCAGCGUGGAGGCAGCCUGGGCGCAGGCGCCGAUCCUAGGCCCCGGUCAGUGCGGUGUGCUGGCCCCUGACUACUCCUGCCAGCAGGGCUUCCCAGGGGUCCCGAGCAACGUGGGCAGCUUCUCUUGGGAAUCGAAGGUCGCUUCGGGCCAAACUCUCCUCUGGGGGCACGCUGGUGUCCCGGGCGCAAAUGUGGCCCCCGCUGACCUGGAGAUGGCAGUCAGCACGCCGGGCCAGCCUUACGCAGACGUCCCUUGCUCUCUGCCCUCGGGCUCAGCACUGCUUCCAGGUCCCACUUGCCACCAGCCCUUCCCGCACCUGGAAGCUGACAGUGCUGGGCAAGUUCGUCCCGGGGCACCCGGCUUGCUCUCCGCGCACGGGGCCUGCGUCCUGCCGGAGCCAGGGCCGCGCCUUCCCUCCGCAGAGCAGCAGCCGAGCAGCUCUGGCCCCACCCCGCGUCUCAGGCUCUUUCCUGGCCGCAGCCACAGCCACAGCCUUCGCAGGGUCCCGCUGAGCGCUAGGAGCGGGUUCAAUCUCUUCCUCCAGAAUCCAACCCGCACGGGAGGCCCCAGCAUCCCCGCCCCAGCGGCGGCUGUGGGGUCUGCACCUCUGGGGGCUGCACAGCAAACCCCUGGAAAUGACCUCUCAGUGUCGGGCGAUGGGAGACAGAUGAACUAA